UGCAAGCACGACGUCUGGGGCUGGCGGCCAGUCGGGGUGAAUAGUGGAGAAGAUUCACCGAUUUGAGGGAAACGGCCAAAGAGGAGCUUAGGAGCAAAGUUUCAACCGUUGAGAAGCCAGAGCGAGUGAAGCCUUUCAAGAUGCCACCUGCCCCACUGGCACUGACUUUGUGUCUGCUCACACUAUGGACAGUUACCUCAGCUGCAUAUCUGGAGGAGGAUGAGCUCAAUGAAACUGUUAUCUGUACCAAUGACCAGAUGCAAGUUAUCAUUCCCAGUGCUUUCUUUCUCAGCAAGGAACCUCCUGUUUAUAUUUGGGAUUUGCACCUAAAUGACCCAGAGUGUCGUGGUGUUGAGAUUGGGGAUGAUUAUGUCUUCAGUAUCAAGACUAAUCUUACAGAUUGUGGCACCAUCACAGCAUCUGAUGACACUUACAUCAUGUUCACCAACACCAUCCGCAACAAUGAAACGGACGUCAUCACAAGAAGCUUUGUCAACAUUACAUUUGGAUGUCGCUACCCUGUAAACUACAUGGUCCAGCAGCCUAAUGGAGAAAACAUGAUCCGAGUGGACGUCAGGACCAUCACUCUGAACACAGAGGAUGGAAAUUUCUCAGUGUCCAUGCUGCUCUAUAAAGAUGAGGACUUUGAGGACAAAUGGACCACUGUUCCUUCUCUGACACUUGAAGACAACAUCUAUGUGAAAGUUUACAUGAUACCAGCUAAUCUUAUGCUCCGAGUGGAGAGAUGCUGGGCCACACCAAACAAUGAUCCAUACAGCAACAUUCAGUACACUUUCAUCAAAGACAGUUGUCCAGUGCUGGAAAAUGACCAGACGCUGGCUGUGAUGAAGAAUGGACGAGGUCCAGAGGCUCUGUUCCGGAUCCAAAUGUUCAAGUUUGUGGGCAGCUCGUACACAGACGUUUUUCUCCACUGCAAUGUCCAGAUCUGUCACAGCACUGCAGGAGUGUGCCAGCCUAACUGCUCGAGUGAGGAUGCGUUAGCACGAACACGAAGAGACGUUGCACUGUCCCACACAGUGUCUUAUGGACCAAUAAGAAGACUCCCACUGAACUCUGACCAUACCAGCCUAAAUGCAGGUAUGCCCCCCGUUGAAACCUUUGUGCUGGGUGGUCUGCUGGUGGUUCUGCUGCUCAUCACUGGUGUGUUUGGAAGGCUGUGGCUCAACAGCAGACGGUCCUAUCCCACUCAAGAGGCCCAGCUCACCCUGUCCAACAUCCACCACAUCUCAGAAGUGGCCACCUAGCCUGGAAGACACAUCUCUCAUAUACAUACAUACACAUACACCAUGAAAUAUAUAUUCUGUACAGAGGGCAUCUGGUAAACUUUAGUGUGUUGUUUUAAAGAAAUAGA